GGAAGAGGGGGAGGGGGAGGGGGAAUGGAAGAGAUAAUAAAGAUAGGGCGGAGUUUGUCCUUUCUUUGUUUCUCUCAUUUGGGUUUCUUCCAGAUCCAAUGAAACUAAGAACAGGGAGAAAUCAUCUCAUGUUCGUAUCCAAAAUUAAAACCCUAAUGGAUUCUUUGAUUUUUCUGCCUUUCUGAUUUCUUUGUUUCUCCACUGCUUUUGUUUCCUUCUUUUCCUCUGCUUCCCCCUUUCCAGCAAUGUCGACGAGAGGGAGCAGAUCGGAGAAGGUGAAGAGGAUCUUUCAGAAAUUUGAUGUUAGCCAUGAUGGGGGUCUUAAUAGGGACGAAAUGGCGGCGCUUGUUGUGGCGGUUAACCCUAGGGUCAAGUUUAGCGAGGAACAGAUCAAUGCUAUUCUCGAUGAGGUGUUUCGGACGUAUGGGGAUUUCAUUCAGGGCGAUAAGGGUUUAACUUUUGAGGGAUUGUUGAGGACUUAUGAUGAUGGUGCCGGAGAUGUGGACCGUGACUUCGACGCGCUUGAAUUGGAACUCAAUCAGGAUGAUAACAAGGGAAUUUUGGUCACUUCCGAGGCUUCUUCUUCUUCAAUCGCCGAUGAACGUGCUUUGGAGUCGCAGAAGAAGCAGAGGACUGCGGCGUGGGCGUUGUCGCCGAAUCAUGGUAUUGUCUUCGAUGAUACUUGGAAGAUCGUGGAUGAUUUGGAGGUUUUGAUUAAGAGGUUGAAGACAAAGCAGGCUAAGGAUGGGAAAUUGAAGGCGGACAAUUUCGAUGCCUAUUCUGAUGCAGGCUGGUCGAGAGAAUUGGGGCCGUCUUCGGAGCUUUCUGAGAAGAGGGUUUUCUGGGAAGAGUCCGGCCAUGACUAUGCUUCGUUUCUCAAGGAAUUAGGGGUUUUGAGAACCCGAGCAGAUCGAGCGCGGUCCAGAGAGGAGGCUUUUGAUGGGCAUAUGGCAAUUGGUAGGGUUUUAUAUGAGCAUCAGCUUUUCAAGGAGGCUCUUGUUAGCUUCAAGAGGGCUUGUGAGUUGCAACCUACCGACGUGAGGCCGCAUUUUAGAGCUGGGAACUGCUUGUAUGUUCUUGGAAAAUACAAGGAGGCAAAGGAAGAGUUUCUGUUGGCAUUGGAGGCGGCGGAGGCCGGGGGAAAUCAGUGGGGAUAUUUGCUUCCACAAAUUUAUGUGAAUCUUGGUAUUGCACUUGAAGGUGAAGGUAUGGUUUUAAGUGCUUGCGAAUACUAUAGAGAAGCUGCUAUUCUUUGUCCUACACAUUUUAGAGCUUUGAAACUGCUGGGGAGUGCUUUAUUUGGAGUAGGGGAAUAUAGGGCUGCCGUUAAGGCCUUGGAAGAGGCCAUAUUCAUGAAACCAGAUUAUGCUGAUGCUCACUGUGAUUUGGCCUCCGCUUUGCAUGCAAUGGGGGAAGAUGAGCGAGCAAUUGAGGUGUUUCAGAAGGCAAUCGACUUGAAGCCUGGCCAUGUAGAUGCUUUGUAUAACUUGGGUGGACUUUACAUGGACUUGGGUAGGUUCCAAAGAGCUUCAGAAAUGUACACGAGAGUUUUAGCUGUGUGGCCUAACCAUUGGCGGGCGCAGCUGAACAAAGCUGUGUCCCUGUUGGGUGCUGGGGAAGCUGAGGACGCUAAGAAGGCCUUAAAGGAAGCCUUGAAAAUGACGAACAGGGUGGAGUUGCAUGAUGCUAUAUCGCAUUUGAAACAGUUGCAGAAGAAGAAGUUGAAAGGCAAUGGCAGUGCAAAUGGUGAAGGGGCUUUUAUAGUUGUGGAAGCCUCAAAGUUUAAGACCAUGGGAGAGAAGACUGUUUUGAGACCGGAACUGUCAAAUGCUCUCAAAAUUAGAUCUUUCCAGAAGAUUACCAGAUUGAAUCGCUGUGAUGUGGAACUUAUUAAGAAGGAAAUCAGUGAACAUGAUGUGCCAGUAUCUUAUUCAGGUGGUGGCGUGCCUGAGAAGUCCAUACGCAAGCCUAGCUUGGAAGAAAUUCUUCGUAGAUUAUUGAAUUUCUUGAAGCCAGAGACGUUCCAAGGAGCUGUCAAAGCCAUUAACGAGAGGAUACUCUCUGUCCUGGACGAGACAGGCUCAGGAAGGGUGGACUUGGGGCUGUUUUUUGCCAUUCUUGCUCCCAUUUGCACAGGUCCCCCUGAAAAGAGAAAGCGGGUGGCAUACGAUGCCCUUGUAUGGCGACCUGUGAACGACGGUGGCACUCAGAUCAGAAAAUUUGAUGCAGUCAGGUAUAUCAAAUUGUUGAGGGCCAUAUAUAUUCCUAGCCAAGGAUCCAGUGAGAUAAUGGAAGUCCAUGGACAGACAGACAAUUCUGUGGUGUCCUUCACAGAGUUUCUUGUCAUGUUCAAUGACCAAGAUUGGGGUUUUGGUAUUAUGUCCACCCUGUUGAAGCUAGAAAGCGGAGACAGAAAUCGACAUGGGAAUCACGUAUGCUCCGUUUGCCGCUACCCUAUCAUCGGAUCUCGAUUCAAGGAGAUGAAAUCACAUUUUAGCUUGUGUAAUCAAUGUUAUAGCGAGGGGAAGGUGCCUCCUUCAAGCAAGCAAGAAGAGUACAGAUUUAAAGAGUAUGGGAGUGAGGGUGAAGCAGUGAAAGACAAGUGCUUGUGUUUUACAAUGCAAUCCCAUGAUGAUUCUUAGAUAGGUUUCUCUCUUAAUCCGUUGUCAUGGUUGGUUUUAGGUGUUCAGUGUCAAUUAUAUAACUUCGAAUGUGUGCAGUGGGAGUUUUGCCCUUUGUAUAAUAAUUCGGUUCUAUGAAGCCCUCUGAUAUAUUUGUUUGAUUAUUAUUGCCCAACUACAAAUUUCAUCCU